CAUUUCUCUUGCGAGCUUCACGUCGUUCGCGCCAAGAUCUUGCCUGCCGCUUCUCGCUUCGCCACGGACUCCGGGACUACUCCGCCAAGACUUCCGGUGGCUCCCUUCGCUGAUUGUUCGCGCUGUCGGUGCUUUGUCGACACUUUGGACCGCUGAGGAAAUGAUCCCAACGGUCCUUCUCGCUUUGCGUAAGCGGCUUUGGUAAAGUUGAAGACAGUCGUGAUCAAGACGGAAGGUGACACGUCAGGAUGGGCGACGAAAAGAGCGAAAGGGACGUGGAGACCUCAGAACACGGCACGGACAGCUACAUACUUAAUCUUCCUCGGCCGCUCAAUCUCGAAGAGAAAAAGUACCUGUUGGCCGUGGAAAGGGGUGACCUGCCCAAUGUGAAGAGGCUGCUGCAGCUUGCGAGUAAGGGCAAGUUUCAGGGAAAAUCGUUGGACGUGAAUUGCGUGGACAGUCUGGGUCGUGGUGCUUUGACUUUGGCGAUAGAAGCGGAGAAUUUAGAAAUGGUCGAGUUACUGGUUGUGAUGGGAGUCGAGACCAAGGACGCCCUGCUCCACGCCAUUGAUCAGGAAUUCGUGGAGGCGGUCGAGUUACUGUUGGAACAUGAAGAACUUCUCACGGCGAGCCAACUGACUGAACAAAAUUCAGAGAAAGAUAUUAUACAUAGCUGGCAGAAAGUAGACCCGGCAUCGGCUAGGUAUUCGAUGGACAUGACACCCUUGGUGCUCGCGGCGCAACGCAACAAUUACGAGAUUCUGAAGCUUCUGCUCGACAGGGGAGCUACCCUGCCGAUGCCGCACGACGUGAGGUGCGGCUGCCAGGACUGUCUUCAGGCAUCCACCGGCGAUCCAUUGAGACUGUCGUCCACCAGAAUAUCCGAGUACAAAGCAUUAGCUAGUCCAAGUUUAAUAGCUCUGAGCUCUUCGGAUCCCCUAAUAACGGCUUUCCAGUUGAGUUGGGAGCUCAGGGAAUUAGCGAUAUCGGAACCGGAGAGCAGAGCAGAGUACUUGAAGCUGCGGCGGCAAGUGGAGAAAUUCGCUGUGGACCUAUUACAACACGUACGGACCACCACAGAGCUGGACACCAUUCUGAAUUAUGAUCCCAACGAGGAAAAUAUCGAACUCAGCAAGCAGCUGGCUCGAUUGGAACAAGCUAUAGAGUACAGGCAAAAGAGAUUUGUCUCGCACUCUCACGUUCAACAGCUUCUGGCAGCGAUUUGGUACGAAGGUGUACCCGGAUUUCGAAGGAUGUCAACCACGCAGAGAGUCACUAUCCUCGUAAAGACCGCAGUUAUGUUUCCCUUUUUUUGUAUGAUGUACUAUCUGAUGCCCGAGUCGAAAACCGGCCAGCUCAUGCGUAAACCCUUCAUGAAGUUUCUCAUUCACGCGUCGUCCUACUUGUUCUUCUUAUUCGUGCUCAUGCUAGUGUCGCAGCGUGCGGAAGUCGAGAUCGUUAGACUCUUGGGCACUCAGGAAAUGAAGAGAAACCUAGAAGCUUAUUUGGCACGACAGAGAGGAGCAGCUCCUACGCCUCUGGAAGGCAUUGUCGUACUAUACGUCACCGGAUUCAUAUGGGAAGAAAUAAGAGAGGUUUACGUGGACGGUCUGAAAGCUUACUUGCGGGAUAUGUGGAACUUCAUCGACUUUACGAGAAACAUGCUAUAUUUAGCGACCGGCCUUCUCCGACUGGCAGCUUAUCUUCAGCAACGCUCCGAAAUACGAUCGAAUCCGUCUGCCGCACUAAUACCUAGAGAAAACUGGGGCGAUUUCGAUCCGCAGCUGAUCGCGGAAGGUCUCUUCGCGGCCGCAAAUGUUUUCAGCGCUUUGAAGCUUGUCCAUCUCUUCAGCAUCAACCCGCACCUGGGACCUCUUCAGAUAUCACUGGGCAGAAUGGUGAUCGACAUCGUCAAGUUCUUUUUCAUCUACAGCCUAGUAUUAUUUGCCUUUGCCUGUGGCUUGAAUCAACUACUGUGGUAUUUUGCGGAAUUGGAGAGGCGGAAAUGUUAUAGCGGAAUGUCGGACCCGUCGUGGGAUGCCGGCAGUGACGCCUGCUUAAGAUGGAGAAGAUUCAGCAACCUGUUUGAAUCGUGUCAGAGUCUCUUCUGGGCCAGUUUCGGCAUGGUGGGCAUCGAGGCCUUCGAACUCACUGGAAUCAAGUCAUACACUCGAUUUUGGGGCCUUCUAAUGUUCGGAUCGUAUUCCGUGAUCAACGUGAUCGUGUUGCUGAAUCUAUUGAUAGCUAUGAUGAGCAACAGCUACGCCGUUAUUGAGGAACACUCCGACACCGAAUGGAAAUUCGCGCGAACAAAGUUGUGGAUGAGCUAUUUCGAGGAAACUGGUACCCUGCCACCGCCCUUCAACAUCUUUCCGCCGCCAAAGUUGUUCUUCCGGCUGUGUGGUUUGCGGAAAAAGCCUGUCGGCGUACGUAGCAGCGUACGCCGAAGGGCACGUGAAUACAAAUACGGAGCUGUGAUGAGAGCCCUUAUAUGGCGCUACGUUGUGAACGCGCACAGCGAGCACGAGCUGGAACCAGUUAAUGAAGACGACAUCCACGAAGUUAAGUCUGACUUGUCGUCUUGGAGAUGCGAGCUUUUGGAUAUCUUGCACAGAAACGGCAUGGACAUCGGCGACGUUGAUAUGAAAGAAAAAACUAUACUCGGUAAGAAGAUGAAGAUCUGGGAGAGGAGGCUGAUGAAGGACUUCCAAGUGGCGGGCCCCGUGAAUCCUACUGAUUCCGAGCUCCAGGAAGAGUUGGCUAUCCAGCCGCCCGAGAAUGAAGAUAACGUCCAAAGAUGGAAGAGAGUCGCGAGAUUAGCCGUACUGACUUCAGCUGAACAACGUUGGAGUCAGGUGGUGAGGAAUGCAGUCAAGAGCUCUCAAAUUGGCAAAAGCAACACUAAGGCGUCGCUGCAAAGUCAACAGAGCCUGAAGACAGCCAUGGAAGAGGCAAAGCGUUUGGCACAAAAGAGCCCUUUGCCGCCUGUUAUGCCAGUCCAAUUACCGGAAACCACGGCGGCCACGAUACUACAUGUUUUGCACAACAUCGUCGAGACUGAGAACGAUGUUAAACCAGAUUUCGCAGAUGAAGGAGGAAUCCCAAAGAAUCAAGGUCCCCCAAUCUCCCAAAUUUUGGGAUCUGUGCCCAAGCUUCAGGCGAAAUCUACAUCCUCGAUUGAUUUUGAGGACGAGACUACUACUACGAAAGCUACAGCGCCGUUAUUACCACUUCGUACGUCACCACCGAAGGUGAUUAAACGAAAGGCACCUGCUCCUAGCACUCAAUCAUCGAUUGCGCAACCGUCAACUUCUUGGGUAUCAACUCUCUCGACUACUGCGGCCGUUACUUCCACAAUUACCUCUUCUACUUCGGUUAUUUCUACAUCUGCCACUACUACUGCUUCUACUGUUAUAUCUACUGCGACAGCUUCUACUACCGCCAAAUCUACUACUAGUACUGCCACUACUGCUGCUUCCAAGUCCACCGCUACUACUAUCGCUGCGAAAACUACUUCUACUGUUACGAACUCCAUUGCCACAAGUAGCACUUCUAGUGCUAUAAAAACUUCCUCCAGCUUGUCCACGGAGAGUCAAAGCAAGUGUUCUACUAGCGCAAGUGUACCUCCGGUCAGUGUGAAGGAUGGCAGCAGUUCAGUCAGAGCGCGCCCGAAAGUUUCACACAGUCCUAAACUUCCAACUAUUCCGUCGUUGUCAGUUGCCUCGAGCUCGGAGAAUAACAAGACUGAUGAUCGCGAAAAGUUCGUUAACAUCACGCCCAAAUCGCCGUACGGUAAAUCGCCGAGAGGAGGGUGGCUUUAGACACAAGGUUGCAAAUAAAUAUUCCCAUACUGCACAGAAGUUGCAACGGCAUUGCUGCAACGUUGAAACAAUGUUGCAAUGUUGCAGCAACGUUGUAGCAACGUUGCAGCAAUAUUCUGUGCUGUAUAGGUAUGUAUAAAUUAAGAGGAAAAUCCCGUUUUGCACGUGAUUGUUAUAAAACUCAGUUACAUAAGGCCAUUAAUACACCGCGACAAAUGCAAUAUGUUAAACAACCGAGGACAAAUCGGUCUGUUAAAUUAUCUGUUAUAUCACCGAACAAUGGUCCGAAAAUAAGAUCGGACAAAACUCUUGUAUCUCUAACCGCAUUAGCUUUAAUUUUAUUUAUCCCAAUUAUUCUACCGAUUGCAUAUUAGAAUAUCCUUUUGUUCCUAAUCACAAAGGACAAAUUUGUUACGCUUUUAUAUUAUUUAUAUUAUUUAUAAGAUACGCUUUAUAUUAUUUAUACUAUAAUACGUUGCUCCAAGUAAAGAAGCGAAGCGAAGAACGGCUGCGGGGUCGGCCGUGUAAAUUUACGUGACGCAUUUAGUUGAAUAAGAGCGAGAUUAUCAUUUGUAACUAUUAUAACAGCUACGAGAUUGUAUGCAAAAUGGUAUACAGUGUUUGUUGUUAUCUAAAUAAAAUUAUAUAGACAAUA